GGCACACACAGCUGGUGAGGAGCGCGCGCGCGCAGAGUCAGCAGAACAGCCGAGCAGUAGUUAAAGGGGACCGUUUUGUCCCGAUGGUUCAGUCAAAACCGCUCGGUUCUGUUGGUUAAUCCGCAGCUGGACUUGUCCGAAGGCUCCCAUAGAGAAGCAGAUUUUAUCUCUCCAUUACGUCCAAAGAUGGGCAAUGGUUCGAUGAAGUCGAAGCGUUACAAACCCACUGAAACCUCUGUUUCUGCCGCCAAUGGCCAAGCUCACAAAGAGCGAUGCAGCGCCCACAAAACAUCAUCGCUGGACUCCCUGAGGGCCCGAGUGGAUGAGCUGGAGCGAGAAGGAAAGAGGAAGGAUGAGGAACUAUGUGCCAAAGAGCAACAGAUCAAAGGUCUUCAGGAGCAACUGGCCAAGCAGACCCGGGUUCUGUCUGAGCUCAGCGAGGAACUCCAGAACAAGUGCAUCCAGCUUAACAAGCUGCAGGACGUGCUGAAGAGCGGGGCCCCGACUGGUCUGCCUUCAAGGCCACCUUCUGUCAAAGCCAGUGGAAAGAGCAGCCCCAAUCUGAGUGUCCGCAUCAAGGAGACCAUGAACAGAAGAAAAGGAGCUAAAGCCGGAGUGUCGGCAGAACCCACGUCGAGCAGUCUACCAAAGUUCUCCUUUGAGAAGGCUCGAGUACCGAAAGAUGUGAGUGUAAAGAAGCUGCUGACAGAUGCCCUGAUCAAGAACCAGUACCUGAGGAGGCUGGAACUGCAGCAGAUCAAAGACAUGGUGGAGUGCAUGUACGAGUGCACCUACCAGCAGGGAGAGUAUGUGAUCAAGCAGGGAGAACCUGGGAACCAUCUAUUUGUUCUAGCAGAUGGAAAGCUGGAGGUGUUUCAGCAGAACAAACUGCUUACAUCAAUAGCAGUGUGGACCACGUUUGGGGAGUUAGCCAUCCUGUACAACUGCACACGAACAGCAUCAGUCCGAGCUGUGAACAAAGUGAGGACGUGGGCUUUGGAUCGGGAAGCGUUCCAAAAUAUCAUGAGGAGGACGGCUGAGACACGACACGAGCAAUACCGCAACUUCCUCCGAAGUGUUUCACUCUUGGCUAAUCUACCCGAUGACAAGCUAAGCAAAAUAGUGGACUGCCUGGAGGUGGAGUACUAUGACAAAGGAGAAUAUGUCAUCCGGCAGGGAGAGGAGGGCAGUACCUUUUACAUCAUUGCUCAAGGAAAGGUGAAUGUGACCCAAAUCAACGAGGCCCACAAGUUGCCUCAGAUCAUCAACACGCUGCAGAAGGGGGACUACUUUGGAGAAAAAGCACUCAUAAGCGAUGAUGUCAGGUCAGCCAAUAUCAUCGCAGACGAGAACGGGUUGGAGUGCCUUGUAAUCGACAGAGAGACAUUUGAUCACACAGUGGGUAACUUCAAUGAGCUGCAGAAACACCUUGAAGGCUACGUGGCAACACUUGAUCAAGAUGAUAAGAAGAGAUAUACUAAGAAGUCUGUUUCCCGACACCAGAGUCAGCCGCUGUCUCCUGAUUUCGUCCAGCUGAAGGAAAUGGUGUCAGUAUUCUCUUCAUCCAGGCCCUUUGAUCACCUUGAAGUAAUUUCUACCCUGGGGGUUGGCGGGUUUGGACGCGUUCAACUGGUGAAGGUGAAGGGGGAGGACAUGACCUUUGCACUGAAGAUGAUCAAAAAGAAGCAUGUUGUGGACAACAGGCAGGAAGAACACAUCCACUCCGAGAGGAGAAUCCUCGCCGAGGCUCGCUCCUCUUUUAUUGUCAAGCUGUAUCGCACUUUCAGGGAUAACAAAUACGUGUACAUGCUUCUAGAGGCCUGUUUAGGUGGAGAGAUUUGGAGUCUCCUCAGAGACAGGGGGAGCUUCGAUGAGCCCACUGCCAAAUUCUGUGUCGGUUGUGUGACCGAGGCGUUUGAGUAUCUUCAUCGUAAAGGUGUCCUCUACAGAGAUUUAAAGCCUGAGAAUCUAAUGCUUGACUCAGAGGGAUACAUCAAACUGGUUGACUUUGGUUUUGCAAAAAAGAUAAGAUCCGGCCAGAAGACCUGGACUUUCUGUGGCACCCCUGAGUAUGUGGCCCCUGAAAUCAUCCUCAACAAGGGCCACAACUUUAGUGUGGACUUCUGGGCCCUUGGUAUCCUGGUGUUUGAGCUUCUAACUGGCAGUCCUCCAUUCUCAGGAAGUGACCAGAUGAUGACAUAUACAUUCAUACUGAAAGGAAUAGAGAAGAUGGACUUUCCAAAGAAGAUCACCAGAAGACCUGAGGACCUCAUUCGAAAGCUGUGCAGGAGGAACCCUGCAGAGCGACUAGGGAACCUUAAAAAUGGAAUAACUGAUAUCAAGAAACACAGGUGGUUUAAUGGAUUCAACUGGGACGGGCUAAAGGCGAGGACAUUACAGUCCCCACUAAAGAGAGAUCUCAGCGGACCGACUGACCACACUUACUUCGACAAGUAUCCUCCAGAUGAGGAAAGUCCUCCUGAUGAGCUUUCUGGUUGGGACAUGGACUUUUAAGGAUGUAUUUUUUGCGGUAACUUUUUUGUGUCUGUUUCCUAAACCUGACUGGACCUCUGACAGAUUUAAGACUGAUAUAUAUAAGCCUGACACUGUACUGGUGUUGUGUUUGUAAUUAACAGAAAUACCCAUGUUUAAAGUAGUUUUAAGCUUCUCCACAAUAUGCUGCAGGUAAACAUUACAGAGGUGAAUUGUGCUGAAGUCUAUGAAUCUAAUGAACAAUCUGAGCCUACAUUUUUAUUUUAGAAAUUAGUGCCACUAAUGUCUCAAUAAUUAAAUCAGUUUAUUUAGAUAAUGCCAAUUAGGUCCUUAGUUUUUUUAGAGGUCGUUCUGGGCUCUUCAAAAAAAGUUUUUGAUUAGAAAUUGAAACUCAUUUGAUCAUUCAUCAAAUCAUGAAAUGAUUCCCCACUUUUUCACGUUUUCUCCUGUUAGAUGCCGACUCGCACUUUGAUUCACUGGAAUCCCAUUGCCUUUCCUAACUCCAUGUCAAUGGCUAAUUUUCUCAGUUGUAAAUAACUAUAGAUUUAGGAAUGGUUUGUUGCUUUGUGCUGUCAGAGAUCUUCCUUUAAAGCUCUUUAUUAUUUUUACAUUAUACCCAAUAACAAGCUCUGGUGUGGAAAAGGGAAACUGAAGUAUGAAAUUAUAAUUUAACAUUUAUGACAAUGGUGAAGGUCGGUUUGGAUCGUUUAUUUUCUCUUAAUCAAAUCAACAUCUGAAAACUGUGUUUUUGUGUUUAUGCUGCCAUUAUAAAAGGUAUGAUGAUCUGAAAAGUAUAAUAGUUGCAAAAAAGUUCAAACACUAGAAAUCUGUAAGAGGUACUUUAAAGCACCAAGAUGUGUGUGGAAAUGUUGAAGG